AUGCAAGGUCUUCGACUGUUCACUAUGGAAGAGAUAAUUUGGGAUGAUGACAAGCAAUACAAAUGGGUCAAACUCGGAACAUUAGCUACUCGUGGUUCGGACACAUACAAAAUUCCAGCAUUUAGUGAUGUUGCCUUACACAUGUGUAUUACAUUUUUGUCGGAUGCACCCAAUUGUCGAGCUAUUUAUUCGUUGAAAGGCAUUGGUGAGCCACCACUAGCUCUCGCCGCCUCUGUACGUUUUGCACACCAACAAGCAUGUAUGAGCUGUCGACAGCAGCAAAGUUUUGUUGAAAAUUUUAUUGUACAUUCACCAGCCACUAUUAAACAUGUUCGAAUGGCAUGCACAGAGGAGUUCACUGAACGAGCAUCCUUCGCACAAGUCUGA